AAAUGAGGAGGGUCUUGUAGAGGAAGCCAAAGCACUUGGCUAUAAAAUGGCCAGAAUUUGUUUCAGUUUCUGUGAAGAAUUUCAUUGAAGAAGAAGAAGAAGAAGAAAACUUCAUCUUCCUCCUCUCUCCUGUUAUCUUCGAUUCUCUCUCUCUCUCUCUCUCUCUCUCUCUCUCUCUUCGAUUUUUAGCAAUGUCUGUGCUUGUGAGCUUGCUUGUGGGUCUUGUGCUGGUGGGUUCAGUUAGCUCAGCGAAAUUCGAUGAGCUAUUUCAAGCCAGCUGGGCUGUUGAUCACUUCAUCUACGAUGGAGAGCUUCUCAGCCUCAAGCUUGAUAACUAUUCUGGUGCUGGGUUUCAAUCCAAAAGCAGGUACAUGUUUGGGAAAGUGACUGUGCAGAUUAAACUUGUAGAGGGUGACUCUGCUGGAACUGUUACUGCCUUCUACAUGUCAUCGGACGGUCCAAACCACAAUGAAUUUGAUUUCGAGUUCCUGGGGAAUACCACAGGGGAACCUUACCUUGUCCAAACCAACAUUUAUGUCAAUGGUGUAGGUAACAGAGAACAAAGGUUGAACCUCUGGUUUGAUCCUACCAAAGACUUCCACUCCUACUCUCUCCUCUGGAACCAGCGCCAAGUUGUAUUUCUAGUGGAUGAGACCCCUAUUAGAUUACACACAAACAUGGAAAACAGAGGAAUUCCCUUCCCUAAGGACCAACCAAUGGGUGUAUACAGCUCAAUAUGGAAUGCAGAUGACUGGGCUACACAGGGAGGCCGUGUCAAAACUGAUUGGAGCCAUGCACCCUUUGUUGCCUCAUACAAGGGUUUUGAAAUAGAUGCCUGUGAGUGUCCAGUUUCUGUGGCAGCAGCUGAUAUUGCUAAAAGAUGUAGCAGCAGUGGUGAGAAGAGGUACUGGUGGGAUGAGCCUACUUUGGCUGAGCUCAAUUUGCACCAAAGCCAUCAGCUUUUGUGGGUUAAGGCUAACCACAUGGUCUAUGACUACUGCACCGACACGGCUAGGUUUCCGGUCACUCCUGUAGAGUGCCUUCACCACCGCCACUAGCUAGCUUAGUCUUGUGGCUCGAUGGUGGUUAUGGGGGAGGAGUUGGAGAGAUGGGUUGGUCUGGAGGUGGGUUUAGUGUUGUAAAUAAAGAAAUGAAAACAUAGGGGAGGGGGCAGACGGACAUAAACAUGUACUCCAUGUUUCGCAUUUUGGUCACUUAGAUUGUAAAAAUAUUAAAUAUGAUUUGUUCUUUCUUUUUAUAA